CUAAGCCGUGAAGACAAAGUGAAAAAAAAAAAAAAUAGGUACGCCUGCCAUGCCCUGAUGAAACUCACAGACGGGUGGGGAAGAAAGACAUUAAUCAGAAAAUCACUGCAAAAAACCUAAGAUUACAACUUGGAGAAAUGGUUGUAAAGAGAAGGGUGUGUUCUAAGAGAACUGGGAUUAGAGGCGAUCUGACAAUCAGACGUCAGGAAAAGUUUCUCUGGGGCAGCAGAUUGUGGAGAUGAAAGUUCUGUUAUGAGUUGCUAAAAUCAUGGUGAAAUGUUGCUCGGCCAUUGGAUGUGCUUCUCGCUGUUUGCCAAAUUCCAAGUUAAAAGGACUGACAUUUCAUGUGUUCCCCACAGAUGAAAACAUCAAAAGAAAGUGGGUAUUAGCAAUGAAAAGACUUGAUGUGAAUGCUGCAGGCAUUUGGGAGCCUAAAAAAGGAGAUGUGUUGUGUUCAAGGCACUUUAAGAAGACUGAUUUUGACAGAAGUGCUCCAAAUAUUAAACUAAAACCUGGAGUCAUCCCUUCUAUCUUUGAUUCCCCAUAUCACUUACAGGAGAAAAGAGAAACGUUUCAUUGUAGAAAAAACUUCACCUUCAAAACCCUUCCAGUCACAAGCCACAGUCACCGGUUUGUUGGUGCUUCCUCAUGUAUUGAAGAAUUCCAAUCCCAGUUCAUUUUUGAACAUAGCUACAGUGUAAUGGACAGUCCAAAGAAGCUUAAGCAUAAAUUAGAUCAUGUGAUCAGCGAGCUAGAGAAUACCAAGGAAAGUCUACGGAAUGUUUUAGACCGAGAAAAACAUUUCCAAAAAUCUUUGAGGAAGACAAUCAGUGAAUUAAAGGAUGAAUGUCUAAUCAGCCAAGAAACAGCAAGUAGAUUGGAUGCUUUCUGUUGGGAGUGUUGUCAAGAGAGCAUUGAAUGAGAUUAUCUUCUGAAAUAAUUUUAUGUUAUAUUCUACCUAAAAUUGACAUUGAUAGAGCCUUCUAGAAAAUAAUUCUCAUGUGCCAGUAAUAAAUAAUACUCAUCAUUGAAAGCACUUCUUUAGAUCCUCUGGAGCACUGUGCAUCAUAGUUGUUCAGAGACUUUUUUGAAGAUGUGCAGAAGUAUGUGGUAGUUAUCAUGUUUUUGUGCAACUUGUGAUAAUUACAUUUUUAUAGACCUAAACUAGUACAGGUCACUGUGGUAAGAUGCUAAACUCUCAAGAAAAUUCCACAAAAAUGAAUAAAUUACAUCAAAUUAACCACAUUAAGCUAUUGUGGUGGGAACUGAACAC